GCCACUACACAUUCGUUGUGAACGUUUAACCGUUUAGUGCGGCCCCGCCUCUCACCACAGUGCUUGCUAGGUUGUUACCAGGCAGACAACGUUUCCAACAUGGCAGCGCCGAGCAACGCAGAGCAAACGCAGUUGCAAGAUAUGGAAGAAGAAGAAGCAGGGAUGGAAGAGAGAGAGAUGGAAUCCGAUGAAGAGGAAGAGGAGGGCAUGGGUGUAGAAAAUUCAGACGACGAGGAUGACGAUUCGUCGGAGGAUGAGAAAGAAAAUGAAGCUGAAAUCCAGCGGUUGGAGGAGCAGCUGUCGAUCAAUGCUUUCGACUACAACUGCCACGUGGAUCUUAUCAAACUGCUUAAGCAGGAGGGAGAACUUUUCCGUCUGCGAAAGGCAAGGCAGAAGAUGAGCGAACUUUUCCCUCUCACCGAAGAGAUCUGGCUGGACUGGCUUAAGGAUGAGAUCCGUCUGACAGAAGAGGAGUCAAACCGGGAGAAAGUAUAUGAGCUAUUUGAGAGAGCUGUAAAAGACUACAUCUGUCCAGAUAUCUGGCUGGAAUACGCCCAAUACUCGAUUGGUGGCAUGGGGUCACCAGGUGGGAUAGACAAGGUGAGAGCUGUCUUUGAGAGAGCAGUGACAGCUGUAGGGCUUCACAUGACCAAGGGACAGACGCUGUGGGAGGCAUACAGAGAGUUUGAGAAUGCUAUUCUCUCCACAGUGCAGCCUCCCCCUGGCAGGAUUCCCGGCCGUGAGGAGCAGGAGCUGCUGAACGCUCAGCUUGAGCGAAUCCAUACACUGUUUCGCCGCCAGCUGGCGGUUCCGUUAAUGGAGAUGGAAACCACAUAUGCAGAGUAUGAAGAGUGGGCUGAACACGGAGUUCCUGAAACAGUCAUACAUCUGUACAAAAAGGCUUUGCAGCAGAUGGAGAAAUGCAAACCUUUUGAAGAAGCACUGCUGGUAGCAGAACCUCCUAAACUGGCAGAAUAUCAGGCCCUCAUCGACUUUGAGCUAAAGGAGGGCGACCCAGCCCGGAUCCAGAUAACCUUUGAGCGGGCUCUGGCAGAGAACUGCCUGGUACCAGACAUGUGGGCAAAAUGCACCACAUAUUUUGACCGUCAGCUGAAGAUCAAAGACUUAGUCCUUUCCACUCAUGAACGCGCUGUCAGGAACUGUCCCUGGACCAUGAGUCUGUGGAAGAAGUACCUGCUGGCUCUGGAGAGACAUGGAGCUGACCAUCAUACUGUGUCAGAUGUUUUUGAGAAGGCGUUGAAUGCUGGCUUCAUUCAAGCGACAGAUUAUGUGGAAAUUUGGCAGGCAUACCUUGACUACCUGAGGAGGCGUGUAGAUUUCAGUAAAGAAUCAAGUAAAGAGUUGGAAGAGUUACGAGGAGCCUUUUCUCGAUCUCUAGACUACAUGAAACAAGAUGUUGAAGAAAGGUUUGGUGAAAGCGGAGAUCCUUCUUGUGUCAUCAUGCAGAUUUGGGCAAGGAUAGAAGCCCUCCACUGCAAGAACAUGCAAAAAGCCAGAGAGCUGUGGGAUAAUAUCAUGACCAAAGGGAACGCCAAAUAUGCCAACAUGUGGUUGGAAUACUACAACCUUGAAAGAUCUUAUGGGGAUCCUACUCACUGCCGAAAGGCUCUCCACAGAGCGGUGCAGUGCACCUCAGACUACCCUGAACAUGUCUGCGAGGUCCUGCUCACCUUUGAGAGGGUAGAAGGUUCUUUAGAGGAUUGGGACGCAGCAGUGCAGAAGACAGAGACACGGCUAAACAGGAUUAAUGAGCAGCGAACAAAGGCAGCUGAGAAGGAGGCCAACCUAGCUCGCCAAGAAGAGGAGAGAGUUGAGCGGCGGCGGAAAGCCAAGGCAGAAAAGAAGACUCAGAAGAAGACUGUAAAAGGAACACGAGCUGGAGAGAAGAGGAAAGCUGAAGAAGAUGAUUGUCAGGAUGAAUGGAACGAGGACUUUGCGCCUAAAAGGCACAGAGGAAAUGUUGACAAUACCACAGAUGAGCACAUGGAGACUGAGACUGGACUCCUUGGGAGGAAUGCUUCUCCUGGAAGUAAGCCUACUGCUUCUGGCACCAAAAAAGCAGUGAUCGCAGCCCAGAGGCAGAAUGAUGACAAACCAGAGCUUCGUGAUGACAGCACCAGUGUGUUUAUCAGCAACCUGAUGUACACCCUGCAGGAGCCAGAGGCAAAGCUAAGGACACUGUUUGAGACCUGCGGUCCUAUCAAACAGAUUCGCCCAAUCUUCAGCAACAAAGGAACCUUCAGAGGUUACUGCUACGUGCAGUUUGAAUCACCAGUAUCGGUCUCUGAAGCCCUGAAGUUGGACAGACGGGAGAUGGAGGGCAGGCCCAUGUUUGUGUCACCUUGUGUGGACAAAAACAAAAAUCCUGAAUUUAAGGUAUUCAAAUAUAACACAUCACUGGAGAAACACAAAAUCUUCAUCUCUGGGCUGCCGUUCUCAUGCACUAAAGAGCAGUUGGAGGAAAUCUGCAAGACUCACGGCACCGUCAAAGAUGUUCGUCUUGUCACAUAUCGCUCAGGAAAACCCAAGGGUCUGGCAUAUGUUGAGUUUGCAGAUGAAAUCCAAGCCUCUCAGGCAGUCAUGAAAAUGGAUGGCACGGAUGUGGAAGGCAACAAAAUCUCUGUUGCUAUAAGCAACCCUCCUCGUAGAAGCCAAAUGGAAAAGCCUGGUACCAGCAGGCCUAUGACAGACAUGCCUCGUCAAGUCUAUGGCUCGAGAGGAAGAGGCCGCACCCAGCUCUCCUUACUCCCUCGUUCUUUGCACCGACAAACAGCGCCCGUAGGCAAAGUGGAGAACGGGACCGCAGCUGAGCGAGAUCAGGUGACGGACAGCGCCGCAGGGAAUGCAACAGGAGAGCCGAGACCUUUGUCAAAUUCAGACUUUGCCAGGAUGCUUCUCAACAAGUGAAAGAAGAUGAGCAGAGUUAUGACAGCCUUCACACUGAAAGCCAUCUUGUGUCCUUACAAAUUAUUGUUGGUGAUUAUUCUGUAAUUGGUUACCUGAUUGUCCCUUUAAUGUCAGUCACUUCCUCAUCGUUCGUUCUGCGAGAUUGCCUUAAUCGCUUCUGAAUUGCAUCACAAACUCCCCACAGCUGAGAUUUUCCCUCCGUGUGACAGAUUGUUUUUGUUGACUAUGUUUAAAGGUGGCUGACAGGAUAUUUUAUUAAAAAAAAAAAGUGUAUCAUAUUUCUGUGUAAAUAUACUGUAUGUAAAGUUGUUAGCCUUUUGUUCCAAGUUCUCUGCUUUUGUUGUGGAUUGCUAAAGGGAUCUGACUGAAGAUUAUUGGAGUGUUUUUUUUUUUUAAUAUUCAAAGCAGCCAAACUUGUGAAUGUUUUAAAAAGCUAUAUGCAAACGUUAAGAUAUGGUGUAAUAUAGUUGGUAUGUACAUAAAGUGGAUGUGAUACAGUGACAUUCUCCAGAUGUUUUAAGGACCUAGGACUUUUGUGGUAUAACUUAUUUAGAGGUCUGAGGACACGGCUAAAAAAAACUAGCCAUGUUUGUUUUUUCUGAAGGUCUCAUACAGCUAAUUCAUUAGUUUUGCUUAACAGCCUCUCUAAGUCACCAUCUGAUAUCAGUCAUCAGUAUUAUGUUACUACAUAGUACACUGAAAGUUUCUAUUAGUAUUGGUUAACUGGCUUUUUCUUUAUGGUUAUUUACAAUAUGAGAGCUGCCCUCGUGUCACACUGAUGAUUUUCCGAUUUUAUUUAAAGAAUUAUUCCAAAUCUACUGUCGUAUUGGUUAUUUGUUUCCAUAAUUUGAAUUAUUGCUAUGUCUCUUCUGGAGCAAAACGUGCACAAAUAAUUCUGCCCUGCUUUCAGUUUGAUUUGUGUGUCAUGGCCCAAAGGACACUGAAGGUGUCUUAAGUGGGAUUCUACUGAUCCUGUAGAUGCGUGUUUGAGUAUUUUGGUGGCUAGACACAAUUCCUUGCUGGUGUGUCUGUGUUUUUGUUUAGUGCUCUAUAAAGUCCACUUGUUAGUCCAACAAUCUGUGAAUCAAAGUGUUUUCAUCAUUAACUUUGAGCCAGAAUGUCAAGUAUAUCUCCAGUGUCUGUAAAUGGAGAACUUUUGUUAAGGUUGAUUUUAUUACCUGAGCAGUUAAUUGGGAAAAUAGUCUUGAAAUAAAUUGAUGAUACAACAUAGUUGCUAUAUGCAGCCAUUCACAAGUUCAAUAAAAUACAAGUGUGAUACAUGGUUUAAAGGUGAAUCUAAACAAUUGUUUUCUUUUUGGUAUUUGGAGCGGUGUCUUUCAUGUCAUUCUUCUGAAAAAAAAGUGUUAAAUGAGCUUUUCAGUAAAGCUAAGAAAUGAAGCUACUGUUGUCAUAUGUGUACCUUUAGGUCUGUUCUCUUUGAAACAAGAGAAACGAAUCUAUGCAGUUUUGUUCCAUGUUUUCCCAUAUGAGGGGAUGAAGAGUUGUCCAGUCAUCAGUCUGUAAAUAGUGUUCAGAGAUAAAAGUUUCAAAUAGGUCACCAUAGUUUGUAAUUAAUAAAUCCAAAUUCAGAUUUUCAGAACAGAUCGUAUAUAUUACUCUCACCGCAGUGCCCUAACCUCAAAUCUAAAAGUCUCUAGAAGUCAUUAGUUUUAUGUCCAGUGCAAAGUUAUAUCAUCUGCUGUUUUUGUAUCAUUUCUAUGGUUGAUGUUUUAAAUUUGGAAUAUAGGUAAAGAUUUUUUUUUUUGAAUAUUAGUAUGUAUUUAGCCGUUUUUAAUCUCUCCUUUUCUACCUUUGUGACUUUGGUUCCUCAAAAAUGAGCCCCAUUCUCCCUGUUUUGGUCUUGAUUUAAUAAAAUCCUGUAUGUCAUAGCUGA